AUGGGCUGUAGCCCUCUCACCCAGCGAGUGGAUCUCAGCACCACGGAGAGCUCCCACAACCUCACCAUGGACCUCAGCACCACGGAGAGCUCCCACAACCUCACCAUGGGUCUCAGCACCACGGAGAGCUCCCACAACCUCACCAUGGAUCUCAGCACCACGGAGAGCUCCCACAACCUCACCAGCGUCCAGCUGCCCCAACGCCUGAGAGUCAGUGCCUGGGGUUCCUCUCGGGUGCAGCACUGGGCCCGGCGCCUGGAGCAGGAGAUCGACGGCGUGAUGCGGAUCUUUGGGGGCGUCCAGCAGCUCCGCGAGAUCUACAAGGACAACCGGAAUCUGUUUGAGAUACAGGAGAACGAGCCUCAGAAGUUGGUGGAGAAGGUGGCAGGGGACAUCGAGAGCCUGCUGGACAGGAAGGUGCAGGCUCUGAAGAGACUGGCCGAUGCUGCAGAGAACUUCCAGAAAGCUCACCGCUGGCAGGACAACAUCAAGGAGGAAGACAUCGUGUACUAUGAUGCCAAGGCUGAUGCUGAGCUGGAUGACCCUGAGAGUGAGGAUAUGGAGAGGGGUUCCAAGGCCAGCACCCUAAGGCUGGACUUCGUUGAGGACUCAAACUUCAAGAACAAGGUCAACUAUUCGUACACGGCAGUGCAGAUCCCCACGGAUAUCUACAAAGGCUCCACCGUCAUCCUCAAUGAGCUCAACUGGACAGAGGCCCUAGAGAAUGUGUUCACUGAGAACCGUAGACAGGACCCCACGCUGCUGUGGCAGGUCUUCGGCAGUGCCACAGGAGUCACUCGCUACUACCCAGCCACUCCAUGGCGAGCCCCCAAGAAAAUUGACCUGUACGACGUCCGAAGGAGACCCUGGUAUAUCCAGGGGGCCUCAUCACCCAAGGACAUGGUCAUCAUCGUGGAUGUGAGUGGCAGUGUGAGUGGCCUGACCCUGAAGCUGAUGAAGACGUCUGUCUGUGAGAUGCUGGACACACUCUCCGAUGACGACUAUGUGAACGUCGCCUCGUUCAAUGAGAAGGCGCAGCCCGUGUCAUGCUUCACACACCUGGUGCAGGCCAACGUGCGAAACAAGAAGGUGUUCAAGGAGGCUGUGCAGGGCAUGGUGGCCAAGGGCACCACGGGGUACAAGGCCGGCUUCGAGUACGCCUUCGACCAGCUGCAGAACUCCAACAUCACCCGUGCCAACUGCAAUAAGAUGAUCAUGAUGUUCACGGACGGCGGCGAGGACCGCGUGCAGGACGUCUUUGAGAAGUACAACUGGCCCAACCGGACGGUGCGCGUGUUCACCUUCUCCGUGGGGCAGCACAACUAUGACGUCACACCCCUGCAGUGGAUGGCCUGCGCCAACAAAGGUUACUAUUUUGAGAUCCCUUCCAUCGGCGCCAUCCGCAUCAACACACAGGAAUAUCUGGACGUACUGGGCAGGCCCAUGGUGCUGGCGGGCAAGGAGGCCAAGCAGGUGCAAUGGACCAACGUGUAUGAAGAUGCGCUGGGUCUGGGAUUGGUGGUGACAGGGACCCUACCCGUAUUCAACCUGACGCAGGAUGGCCCUGGGGAAAAGAAGAACCAGCUGAUCCUGGGCGUGAUGGGCAUCGAUGUGGCUCUGAAUGACAUCAAGAAGCUGACUCCCAACUACACGCUUGGAGCCAACGGCUACGUGUUUGCCAUUGACCUGAACGGCUAUGUGUUGCUGCACCCCAACCUCAAGCCCCAGACCACCAACUUCCGGGAGCCUGUGACUCUGGACUUCCUGGAUGCAGAGCUGGAGGAUGAGAACAAGGAGGAGAUCCGUCGGAGCAUGAUCGACGGCUACAAGGGCCACAAGCAGAUCAGAACAUUGGUCAAGUCCCUGGACGAGAGGUACAUAGACGAGGUGCUGAGGAACUACACCUGGGUGCCUAUAAGGAGCACCAACUACAGCUUGGGGCUCGUGCUCCCUCCCUACAGCACCUUCUACCUCCAAGCCAACCUCAGCGACCAGAUCCUGCAGGUCAAGUUGCCAAUCAGCAAACUGAAGGAUUUUGAGUUCCUGCUCCCCAGCAGCUUUGAGUCUGAAGGACAUGUUUUCAUUGCUCCCAGAGAGUAUUGCAAGGACCUGAAUGCUUCAGACAACAACACCGAGUUCCUGAAAAACUUCAUCGAGCUUAUGGAGAAAGUGACCCCAGACUCCAAGCAGUGCAACAACUUCCUUCUGCACAACCUGAUCUUGGACACAGGCAUCACACAGCAGUUGGUGGAGCGCGUGUGGCGGGACCAGGAUCUUAACACGUACAGCCUUCUGGCCGUGUUCGCUGCCACCGAUGGUGGUAUCACUCGCGUAUUCCCUAACAAGGCAGCUGAGGACUGGACAGAGAACCCUGAGCCCUUCAACGCCAGCUUCUACCGCCGCAGCCUGGAUAACCGCGGCUACAUCUUCAAGCCCCCACACCAGGAUGUCCUGUUAAGGCCUCUGGAGCUGGAGAAUGACACAGUGGGCAUCCUCGUCAGCACAGCUGUGGAGCUCAGCCUGGGCGGACGCACACUGAGACCAGCAGUGGUGGGUGUUAAGCUGGACCUAGAGGCCUGGGCUGAGAAGUUUAAGGUGCUAGCCAGCAACCGUACCCACCAGGACCAGCCUCAGAAGUGCGGCCCCAGCAGCCACUGUGAGAUGGACUGUGAGGUUAAUAACGAGGACCUGCUCUGUGUCCUCAUCGAUGAUGGGGGAUUCCUGGUGCUGUCAAACCAGAACCAUCAGUGGGACCAGGUGGGCAGGUUCUUCAGUGAGGUGGAUGCCAACCUGAUGCUGGCACUCUACAAUAACUCCUUCUACACCCGCAAGGAGUCCUACGACUAUCAGGCAGCCUGUGCCCCCCAGCCCCCGGGCAACCUGGGUGCCGCACCCCGGGGUGUCUUUGUGAGAAAUGGGGCAGGGUAUUGGCCUCUUCUGACCACUCCCACUUGGUGACCCACGUCCUGCAGGUCCUUGUUCCAGCAGCUUCUGUAUGGCCUCAUCUACCACAGCUGGUUCCAGGCAGACCCCGCGGAGGCAGAAGGCAACCCCGAGGCACGCGAGAGCAGCUGCGUCAUGAAACAGACCCAGUACUACUUCGGGUCUGUGAACGCCUCCUACAACGCCAUCAUUGACUGCGGAAACUGCUCCAGGUGCCGGCAAGGGCGGGAACGUAGAGGGGGGACCGGAGGGACUGGACCGAAGAGGGGACAGAGGCCGCUGUGCAGCUAGUGUGAGGCUGGCCGUCUACUGCAGAAGGAGACUCACUCGGAUGGCCCGGAGCAGUGCGAACUGGUACAGAGACCGAGAUACCGGAGAGGUCCGCACAUCUGCUUCGACUACAACGCGACGGAAGAUACCUCAGACUGCGGCCGCGGAGCCUCCUUCCCGCCGUCGCUGGGCGUCUUGGUCUCCCUGCAGCUGCUGCUGCUCCUGGGCCUGCCUCCCCGGCCGCAGCCUCAAGUCCACGCCCACGCCUCACGCCGCCUCUAA